CUCUGCCCCUACGUCACGACGUUGGCUGCGGCUUCCUUGCGGUCUUUGUGCCUUGCGGGCAGUACGGGGGGAGGAACUCAGGGUGUGGUUUUGGUCGGCCGCUCGCUAGGGGUAACCUUUCUGCCCCCCCCGACGAGUAAUCUCCGGGCCAACCGACACCUUUCCCGCAGAGUGCGGGCACCCGCGCGGAGGGGAGCAGGCUUCCGGUAGCAGCGACCGGUGCGUGUUGCGGCCCGUAGGUCGUCAUGGGCUUUAUCUUCUCCAAAUCCAUGAGCGACACGCUGAAGAGCCAGCAGGAGCUCGCGCUCGUCAACUCGCGGCUUCAGCUGGAAAGACAGAUACUGAUGCAGAAUCAAAUGAGGGAGAGGCAAAUGGCUAUGCAGAUUGCUUGGACACGGGAAUUCCUCAAGUACUUUGGGUUAUUUUUUGGACUAACUGCUGUCGGUUUAACCACUGGAGCAAUGAAAAAGAAGAAGCCAGGACUUUUACUUCCAAUAGUUCCUUUAAGCUUUAUACUUGCCUACCAGUAUGAUAUGGGAUAUGGGACUCUUCUGCAAAGAAUGAAAGGUGAAGCAGAGAAAAUACUUGACACGGAUAGUGCUCUCCUAGAAUUACCAAAAGGAGCCAUCACUUUUGAAGGCCUGGAAAAAGCCAGAAGAGCUCAGAGCAAGUUCUUUGUCGAGAAAUAGGAGUAUUUAUAACAAAUCAAGUAUUCAAAGCACAAAAUUGUUUGUUUAUAAUCAUGUUUGAUUUAACAUGUCAGAUUAUUAAAAUUUUCAGAGAAUGUAAUCAGCUUUUAUAAAAUAAAACUACUUUAAUGGGUA